CCUCAGGGCCUUUCUGUGGGCGGCAGCUUUGCGGGCUUGGAGUGUGAGCUGCCGCAGGAGCCGCGGAACGCAGAGCUGGGGGCUCCCAGCUCGUGGGCGGGGGCGGCGGGGCUCCGAACUCAGUCGGCGCACAUCCCAGUGCCAGUGCAGAGAGCCGUCCCGAGUGCCCGGCUGGACGAGGUCAUGGCUGCCGCAGCCCUUACAAGCUUGUCCACCAGCCCGCUCCUGCUGGGGGCCCCCGCUGCAGCGUUCAGCCCAGAGCCUGGCUUGGAGCCCUGGAAGGAGGCACUGGCACGGCCCCCAGGCAGCUACAGCAGCAGCAGCAACAGUGGAGACUGGGGCUGGGACCUGGCCAGCGACCAGUCCUCUCCGUCCACCCCUUCACCCCCACUGCCUCCCGAGGCAGCCCACUUUCUUUUCGGGGAACCCACCCUGAGGAAGAGGAAGAGCUCGGCCCGUGUCAUGUUCCAGUGUCUGUGGAAGAGCUGCGGGAAGGUGCUGAGCACGGCAUCCGCGAUGCAGAGACACAUCCGUCUGGUGCACCUGGGGAGGCAGGGGGAACCAGAGCAGAGUGACGGUGAGGAAGACUUCUACUACACGGAGCUGGAUGUGGGUGUGGACAUGCUGACGGACGGGCUGUCCAGUCUGGCCCCAGUGUCCCCCAUGGCCUCCGUGCCACCUGCCUUUCCCCGCCUGGAGCUGCUGGAGUCCCCAGCCCCUGUCCUGAGCUCUGCAGCCCCUCCCCAGGUGUGCCAUGGUGACCACGCCUACCAGCGAAGCCCUGGCUGUGUUUUCCCCCGUGGCUGCCUGGCACCUGGCCGUCUGGAGCUACAGCCCCCCGAAGCUGGAGCCUGCAUGCCAGCCCUGCCCUCCAGGAUUGGUGUCCACCUGAGAAAGCCCCGUGGUGAUGCCAAGAAGUGCCGGAAGGUGUACGGCGUUGACCACCGGGAUCUGUGGUGCACGGCCUGCCGCUGGAAGAAGGCCUGCCAGCGGUUCCUGGACUGAGCCCACCAGGCCUUGACUCCACAGGACAAAAUAAGCUACCGUCUUCUCUCCCCAGCCCCAGCCAGGGGCCGAAACAGCCUUGGGGGAGCCCCAGACCAGGCCUCUCCAGACUGCAGGGUCGACUUGCAAAGGGGGUGGGGGAGUUGGUGACCCUGGACCUCGGAGGUGGGGGAGAGGUCCCCCCCCACUCAAAGUGCCUCUGAAGAAACCAGCUUUUUGCACUAAAGCCAAACCACACCGCUGUCCUCUUGGCCCCAGGGGGCAGCCACCCUCCCUGCCUGUCUGGCCCAGACUUGUCAAGGAUGUUCUGGGCCCAGAUUUGGGGGCCAGUCCCGAUGCACUUUGAGGGGUGUCAGGGAGGUGACUCCCCUGCUCGCACUUAACUCAAUGGUUCCCGGGCCCUGGGGCUGGUGUUUUACCAUGUUUUUGAAGCUCAGGUGUCUCACGUCUGGGCCAUUCCAGGCGAGGAGAAAAAUUAAAGAUUUGAGGUUUUUCCAGAA